CUAGAGCACAAGAUACAAAAAGAACUCUGGCUAGAUUCCCUCUCUUUUUCCAAUCUCUUUGCUAACAACUCCAGGAAAACGUUCCUGGAGUUAGAUUGUCUUCAUCUUCAUUUUGAAUCCACAUUUCUUUCUAGAUUCAGGAUAUCCAGCUAGCAGAGAUUCAUUACUUUCACCCUGAAAUUAGUUGGAGAAAUUUAUUAAUUUCCUCGAAGCUACAUUUUUGGAAAGUCCUGAUUUUUGCCUGUUUCUUGGGGCAAAACAUCCUAACAUUGGGGGUUGAUAAGUGUUCCCCAUCCCCGCCCCACCCCUCCCUGUUUUCUCAACAACCCGGCAAGCAAGAGUGGACACUACUCUUGGGGUGCCUUUUUGUCUGUGUGGCAGGCACAGACACUAGCUGAAGUCUUUGACCAGUGUGAAAAAUUGCUGGAUCUAUUACUGCUGGACUGAGAAACUUUAAGUCGCCACGGAGACUCUGACAGCUGGCUCAGAAGCUACCUGAGCUAGCAUGGCUUUUCUUGCUUUGGCCUCAACUUGUCCAAAGGCAGAAAUCCUAAAAGAUGUCUUCCAGUAAUGACCACGUUUUAGUACCAAUGUCACAGAGAAACACCAACGGCCUUACCGGAAUGAACUCCAGCAACACGAAGACACAUACAGGAGAUGUGCUAAGUUUUCGUAAUAUCACCUAUCGAGUGAAAGUGAAAAGUGGGUUUUUAAUCCGGAAAACAGUUGAGAAAGAAAUACUGUCAGAUAUCAAUGGGAUCAUGAAACCUGGCCUCAAUGCCAUUCUGGGACCCACAGGCGGAGGCAAGUCUUCGUUGCUAGAUAUCUUAGCAGCAAGGAAAGAUCCGCGAGGAUUAUCUGGAGACGUUUUGAUAAAUGGGGCACCUCAACCUGCCAAUUUCAAAUGCUGUUCAGGUUAUGUGGUUCAAGAUGACAUUGUGAUGGGCACCCUGACAGUGAGAGAAAACUUGCAGUUCUCAGCAGCUCUUCGCCUUCCAACAACUAUGGGGAAUCAUGAAAAAAAUGACCGGAUUAACAUGAUCAUUAAAGAACUGGGUCUGGACAAAGUAGCCGACUCUAAGGUUGGAACUCAGUUUAUCCGUGGUGUCUCUGGAGGAGAAAGAAAAAGGACAAGCAUCGGCAUGGAGCUGAUCACUGACCCUUCCAUCCUCUUCCUGGAUGAGCCCACAACUGGUUUGGACUCAAGCACAGCAAAUGCUGUCCUUUUGCUCCUGAAAAGGAUGUCGAAACAGGGUCGAACAAUCAUCUUCUCCAUUCAUCAGCCUCGCUAUUCCAUCUUUAAGUUGUUUGACAGCCUCACCUUGUUGGCCUCCGGGAAACUCGUGUUCCAUGGGCCAGCACAAGAGGCCUUGCAGUACUUUGCAUCAGCAGGUUACCACUGUGAGGCCUAUAAUAACCCUGCAGACUUCUUCCUUGAUGUCAUCAAUGGAGAUUCUUCUGCCGUCAUAUUAAACAGAGAGGAAGAAGACCAUGAAGCAAACAAGACUGAAGAACCUUCCAAGAGAGAGAAGCCAAUAAUAGAAAACUUAGUUGAGUUUUAUGCCAGCUCCUCCAUCUACAGAGAAACAAAAGCUGAAUUAGAUCAACUUCCAGAUACUCAGAAAAAGAAAGGAAUAUCAACCUUCAAAGAGCCCAUAUAUGCUACCUCCUUCUGUCAUCAGCUCCGAUGGAUUGCCAAGCGUUCAUUCAAAAACUUGCUGGGGAAUCCUCAAGCCUCAAUAGCUCAGGUAAUUGUCACAGCCGUACUGGGACUAGUUAUUGGUGCCAUUUACUUUAACCUGAAAAAUGAUCCUGCUGGCAUUCAGAAUCGAGCUGGGGUUCUCUUCUUCUUGACUACCAACCAGUGUUUCAGCAGUGUGUCAGCUGUGGAGCUCUUCGUAGUGGAGAAGAAACUCUUCAUACAUGAGUAUAUCGGUGGAUAUUACAGAGUAUCUUCUUACUUCUUUGGAAAGCUGAUAUCUGAUUUAUUACCCAUGAGGUUGUUGCCAAGUGUUAUAUACACUUGUAUAGUAUACUUCAUGUUAGGAUUGAAAAAGAAGGUGGAGGCCUUUUUCAUCAUGAUGUUCACCCUUAUAAUGGUGGCUUAUACGGCCAGUUCCAUGGCCCUGGCCAUAGCAGCAGGCCAAAGUGUGGUCUCUGUAGCCACACUUCUCAUGACAAUCUCGUUUGUAUUUAUGAUGAUUUUUUCUGGUCUUUUGGUGAAUCUCAGAACCAUUGAACCUUGGUUGUCCUGGCUUCAGUACUUCAGUAUUCCUAGAUAUGGCUUCACAGCUUUGCAGCAUAAUGAAUUCUUGGGACAAGACUUCUGUCCAGGACUCAAUACAACUGCCAAUAGCACCUGUGUUAAUAGCUACACAAUAUGUACUGGUGAUGACCACUUGAAAAACCAGGGCAUAGAUCUGUCACCUUGGGGACUGUGGAAGAAUCAUGUGGCUCUGGCUUGUAUGAGUAUUAUCUUCCUCACAAUUGCCUACCUAAAAUUGGUAUUUCUUAAAAAGUAUUCUUAAUUUUCCCUUUAAUGUACUAUUAAUUGUACUCCUAUUAAAUAUGGACACUUUGAUUGACAUACCCAA